AUACAGUUUAAUUGUUUCAGGUACCAGGGACUCAGAAGUGAAGUGGAGUGUUCGCGAGUGUGAGAUGUAGCUAAUCGAGUGCGCGUGUGUGUGUGAGCUAGUGAUGGUGUCAGUGUGUGGGUGAGAUGGCGGACGAUACCACCAUCAUCGAGGGAACUGUCAAGUUCCGCGAUGGAAAAAAGUGGAAGCCGCGCUGGUGCGUCAUGCGCAAGCUGUCGCCCGUCGCAGACUGCGUGCACCUGCAGCUGUACCGCGACUCGCGCGCGCGCUGGCGCGGGGCGGCGGGGGGCGCUGGGGGCGCGGGGGGCGCGGGGGGCGCGGGGGGCGCGGGGGGCGCGGGGGGUGGGGACAGCGCGGGGGGCUGCAAGGCGUCGCUGUCACUGCAGCAGUUCGUGGGCUGCGAGGCGGGCUUCACGCUGGACCAGCACUCCAACACGCUGGCGCUGCUGUGCCGCGACCACGUGGCGCUGCUCGCCUUCGACACGCGCGAGCGACUCAUGCAGUGGCAGGUGAAGGUGGAGCUGCACCUGGGCGCGUCGCGGCAGCACGUGGUGAUCGUGGCGCCGACGCCCCCCGGGGCCCCCGCGCCCGCCCCCCGCGCGCCCCCCGGCCCCGCGCGCCUGCACGUGCGGGGGGCGCGCGCCGCCCUCACCGCCGGCGUGCCCCCGCGGCUGCUCGCCGUCUGGGAGAUGCAGCACCUCAGACGGUACGGCGUGGUGGAGGGGCGGUUCUGCCUGGAGGGCGGGUCGCGGAGCGCGCGCGGCGCCGGGCUCACGGUGCUGGCGUCCGAGCGCGCGCGGGACAUCGCCCAGGACUUCGACCGCGCCACCGCCGGCGAGCUGUCCCCGCGCAGGAAGACCAUGCCCGCUAGUCAAGCGGGUAGUCCGACGUCUCACCGCGCCUUCCGUCCCGACACGCGGCUGUCGGAGCUGCAGGAGCGGUGCGCGCCGCCGCGGCACCUGCCGCUGGGCGAGGCGGUGCGGGGCGGGGGCGGCGCGGUGCGGGGCGGGGGCGGCGCAGCGCCGGGGCGGCUCGGGCCCAGCGCGUCGGCGCAUGCGGGGCUGGCGGCGGCGGGCGGCGCGCUGCUGGCGCGGUGUCGCUCCUGCAUGUCCCAUCUCGGCGCGCUCGGCCGCUCCUCCGCGGCGCCCACGCCCAGCGCGAGCCACUUCAGCCCCAACUGGACCAUGGACGAGCUGCCGUCCCCGCCGCGCGAGCCCCCCGCGCCCCCGCGCCCCCCGCGCGCGCCCCGCGAGCCCCUGCCGGGCCGCGCCCGCCGCGCCGCGCCCGCCGACGAGCUCUCGCGGGUCGGACCCUAUGAAAAUUACGAUGUGCCUAAAUUACCUUCUGCUGAGGUGGAAGGAGAAUACUACGACACGCCUAAAAGGCUGAAAGAGUGCUUGAACGACGACCUGUUUAGACUAGCGCAGGGCGCGGCGCCGGGCGCGGUGAUCGUGGAGCGGCCGUGCGGCUGCCUGCUGCAGCUGGGCCGGCGGCGCGCGCCCGCCGUGGUGGAGGUGGACGAGGCGGGGGCGGGCGCGGGGGCGGGGGCGGGGGCGGCGUGCCCGUGCCGGCGCGUCACGGACUGGAUCCUGCCGUACUGCGGCGCCGGCAAGGAGAACCAGCGGCCGGAGCGCGCCGCGCUGUACGCCACCGUGGACCUCGCGCGCAAGACGCGGCGGCGGGCGCCCACGGCGGGCGCGGGGAGCGGGGUGGCGCCGCUCUGCCUGGACGCGCGCCUGCUGGCCGCGGACGGAACCACGUCUAACUACGAGAACCUGCACUUCGCGCGCUCGCUGGAGCUCUACGAGAACGCGAAGGACGUGCUGCAGCGCGCGGGCGUCACGCGGCGCGAGCUGGACGCGCUGGGGGCCGCGGGGGGGCGGGGGGCGCACGACGAAUACCUCAUGAUGGAGCCGGGCGCCGCCUACACGCCGAUGUCCCCCGCGGCGCUGACGCGCGACGACAAGGCGGCCAGCAACCCGGCGCUGCACGCGGGGGGCGCGGGGGCUGCGGGGGGCGCGGGGGCGGGGCGCGCCGAGUACCGCCAGCGCUCCAGCUCGGCCGACUCGUCACGCUUCCUGGAGGACGAGGCGCCGAGCCGCGCCGCGUCCGCCUGCAGCAUCGAGACCCUGCGCGACCUGCAGCUGGAGGCGGGGGCGGGGGGCGCGGGGGGCGUGCGCCGCGCCGCCUCCGUGCCGGGGGGCGCGGGGGGCUGCCGCGACUCCUCCAGCUCCAACGACUCGGGCGUGUCGCUGUGCUCGUCGCGCCCCCGCGCCCCCCGCGCCCCCCGCCCCCGCCGCUCACGCUCCACGGACCCGCUGCGCGACUGCGACGUGGCGGUGCCCACCAAGUCCUCGUCGGCGGAGGCGGAGGUGCCCGUGCUCUCCGGGAAGCCGCUGAGAUGCGCGCGGCCGGACACGCGCAGCACGUCGAGCGGCGCGUCCGACAUGUCCGACUACAUCGAGACGCUGUCGCUCUGCUCCUCGCACUCCUCCACCGACACGCCCGUCACCAUGAGGGUGGUGCGCGAGGCGACGAGCUCGCUGCGGCCGCGCUCGGGCAAGGAGUACGUGCAGCCAGCGGCGCGCUGCGCCCGCGACCCCCGCGACCCCCGCGACACCCGUGACCCCCGUGACCCCCGUGACCCCCGCGACCCCCGGGACCCCCGCGACUCCUGCAACCACUGCGACCACCACGACUCCCGGAGGCACUGAGCACCAGUGGCUGCUAUCUAUGAAGCAAGAGGCUGUACUUUUUGAAAAAUAUUCGUUGCAUUUUUUCGCCGCAGUCGUCACGUGGCGCGUUGGCGAUCUGGACCUGAUGAGUGUAGCAUGUGCAUCGACACAGUGUGACCAUGUUCAUAACAAUAAUAUCUAUGUCUAUCGAUACAUCAAUAACUCUGACUAUGGUAUAAGUGUUAUAAUACCACUCACUGUUCAAUAUGAUGCUGUUAUAACACUAUUGGUGAAAGUCGAACAUUGUGAUAGUGUGUGCAAUGCCACGCUUGUCCUGAAUACUGAAAGUUAUUCAUAAGAUAGUAGGAAGACUUCUAAUUUCAAUUAUUACACCAGAACUGCAUAUUGGUUGUGAACUUUUUAUCAAUUUAUACAUUCUGUGUCAAGUCUUAACUAACUCAAAUCUUGUCAGUAAUUUUGUGCUUUCAGUUUUGUUUAGAUACUUACUUAAUAUUUCUUGUGAUCCGUCCAUUCUCUGUCGUUUAUAUUUUUCUUUAUAUUGUAGUUAAGCUUCUCGUCAUGUUUUGUAGCUGUAUUUAUUAUAAAUUCAAAUUGUAAAAACUUGUACACUACUUAUUAAAUAAUUAUAAUAUUUAUGUUCUUAUAGUAUAAACGAUUUAUAUAAAUAUUUUUUAAGAUGUCAAUCUCAUUAUAUUAUAUCUACAUAAGUAAGUGCUAAUUGUAUAGUUAAAUAUAGACAUUAAUAUUUUUUGGCUAAAUUAUAAUCAAUUUCAAAUUAGUAAACUAAACGAAUUACAAAACAGGUCGAUAAUUUAAUGUAAAGUAAUAAUGUGUAAAGGCGACGCAUUGAAAGCCAAAUAAAUAUAAUUAUGUCUAGUCAUUCCUAUUACUCGAUAUUGUAAAUAUAAAUGUUAUAAUCGUGUAAAGUGUUACAUAAUAUAUUUAGAUUAUUCAUAGAUAAUGUUUACAACGAGCUCUGAUGUUUUUUUGUCUACCCAUCGAUGUAAUAUUUUGAUAUGGUAAGUUUAUGGCUGCCGCGCUGCAGGCAGCUGUAUGUAUGUACAUUGUAUGUAUUUUAUUUUAUAUUGUAUGUAGAUAUGAACCGUAUAGCAAUAACAAGUGCAACAGACGUGAUCCUAGAAGUGUAAAGUAUAUAUAUUUAUCUCUUGUCCAGAGCGGAGAGGCGGCAAUGGCUCCAUUCAAAACCACACAGCUUUUUAGUUAAAAACUAGAAUUUUGCAAGGCAUUCAAAAAGGACCCCGCGGGUCAGGUCAGCCCUUUUUGUCUUACGAGUAGGUACUAUACCACCAUUACAAUAAUGUCCCUAAAUUACACUAUUUCAUGCUAUGUUA